UGCAUCGAAGAAGAGAAGAUGGGUUUGCUUGAAUUCAAGGCUUUUCUUAAAUUGAAUAAUGAGCAUGCAGAUUUUCUUCUCCCUUCAUGGAUAGAUAACAACACUAGUGAAUGUUGUAAUUGGGAGCGGGUUAUUUGCAAUCCCACCACAGGUCGAGUUAAGAAGCUUUUCCUCAAUGAUAUAACGCGACAACAAAAUUUCUUGGAAGACCAUUGGUACCAAUAUGAAAAUGUCAAAUUCUGGUUACUAAAUGUCUCCCUAUUCCUUCCUUUUGAAGAACUUCACCAUCUAAACUUGUCUGUAAACUCAUUUGAUGGGUUUAUUGAGAAUGAAGGAUUUAAAGGGUUAUCAAGUUUAAAGAAAUUGGAGAUCUUGGACAUAAGUGGUAAUGAGUUUGACAAAAGUGCCUUAAAAUCUUUGGGCACAAUAACAUCACUCAAGACAUUGGCUAUUUGCAGCAUGGGACUGAAUGGAUCUUUUUCCAUUCGAGAAUUAGCUAGUUUGAGAAAUUUGGAAGUGUUGGAUCUAAGCUAUAAUCAUUUGGAAAGCUUUCAACUAUUGCAAGAUUCAAAAAGCUUGUCCAUAUUCAAAAAGCUCGAGACCUUGAACCUCAAUCACAACAAGUUCAAAAACACUAGCCUACAACAAUUGAAUAUAUUUACAUCCCUUAAAAAUCUUUCUCUAAGAAGGAACUAUGUUGGAGGAUUUUUUCCGAUCCAAGAAUUAUGCACUCUAGAAAACUUGGUGAUGUUGGACCUAAGUGGGAAUUACUUUAUUGGCAUGCAAGGUUUUAAAAGUUUGCCUAAGCUGAAAAAGCUGGAAAUCUUAAACCUUGGUUAUAAUGGGUUCAACAAGACCAUUAUAAAACAGUUGAGUGGACUCACAUCCCUUAAAACACUAGUUGUAAGCAACAACUAUAUUGAGGGACUUUUUCCUUCCCAAGAAUUAUCUAUUUUUGGAAACUUGAUGACACUGGAUUUAAGCAGGAAUAGAUUCAAUGGCUCCCUAUCAAUCCAAGAUUUUGCAAGCUUAAGCAAUUUGGAGAUAUUGGAUUUGAGUUAUAAUUCCUUCAAUGGAAUUGUUUCAUCAUCUAUAAGAUUAAAGUCUUCUCUCAAGUCUUUAUCCUUGGCUGGAAAUAGACUCAAUGGUUCUUUACAAUGUCAAGAUUUUGCAAGCUUAAGAAAUUUGGAGAUAUUGGAUUUGAGUUAUAAUUCCUUCAAUGGAAUUGUUUCAUCAUCUAUAAGAUUAAAGUCUUCUCUCAAGUCUUUAUCCUUGGUUGAAAAUAGACUCAAUGGUUCUUUUCAAUAUCAAGAUUUUGCAAGCUUAAACAAUUUGGAGAUAUUGGAUUUGAGUGGUAAUUUCUUCAAUGGAAUUGUUUCAUCAUCUAUAAGAUUAAAGUCUUCUCUCAAGUCUUUAUCCUUGGCUAGAAAUAGACUCAAUGGUUCUUUUCAAUAUCAAGAUUUUGCAAGCUUAAACAAUUUGGAGAUAUUGGAUUUGAGUGGUAAUUUCUUCAAUGGAAUUUUUUCAUCAUCUAUAAGAUUUAAGUCUUCUCUCAAGUCUUUAUCCUUGGCUGUAAAUAGACUCAGUGGUUCUUUACAAUAUCAAGAUUUUGCAAGCUUAAGCAAUUUGGAGGUAUUGGAUUUGAGGUAUAAUUCAUAUAGUGGGAUCGUUCCAUCAUCUAUAAGAUUGAUGUCUUCUCUCAAGUCUUUAUCUCUAGCUGGAAAUUACCUCAAUGGUUCCUUACCAAAUCAAGUUUUUGCAAGCUUAAGCAAUUUGGAGAUACUAGAUUUGAGUUCUAAUUCCUUAAGUGGGAUUAUUCCAUCAUCUAUAAGAUUGAUGUCUCAUCUCAAGUUUUUAUCGCUGGUCGGAAAUCACCUCAAUGGUUCUUUACAAAAUCAAGGUUUCUGCCAAUUGAAUAAGCUUCAAGAAUUAGAUCUUUCUUACAACUUAUUCCAAGGGAUUCUUCCUCCAUGUUUGAAUAAUUUGACAUCUUUGAGGUUAUUGGAUCUCUCUUCCAACCAUUUAUCCGGAAAUCUUUCUUCGCCUCUGUUACCUAAUCUCACAUCCCUGGAGUACAUCGAUCUCAGUUACAAUCAUUUUGAGGGUUCAUUCUCUUUCAGCUCUUUUGCUAAUCACUCCAAGCUUCAAGUGGUCAUACUUGGAAGCGAUAACAACAAAUUUGAGGUAGAAACUGAAUAUCCAGUUGGUUGGGUUCCCCUGUUUCAAUUGAAGGCUCUUUUCCUAUCCAACUGCAAGCUCACCGGUGACAUUCCUGAUUUUCUUCAAUACCAAUUCAAAUUAGUGGUGGUUGAUCUAUCCCAUAAUAACUUGACAGGAAGGUUCACCAAUUGGUUGCUUGAAAACAACACGAGACUAGAAUUUCUAGUCCUAAGGAAUAACUCUUUAAUGGGUCAACUACUUCCCCUGGGACCUAAUAUCCGUAUCAGUUCAUUGGAUAUCUCACACAAUCAGUUGGAUGGACGACUUCAAGAAAAUGUGGCCCAUAUGAUUCCAAAUAUUGUGUUUCUAAAUUUAUCCAACAAUGGUUUUGAAGGUCUUCUCCCAUCCUCAAUAGCUGAAAUGAGUUCCUUACGGGUGUUGGAUUUGUCUGCCAAUAAUUUCUCAGGUGAAGUACCAAAGCAGUUGCUUGCAACAAAAGAUUUGGUGAUUCUAAAAUUAUCAUAUAAUAAAUUUCAUGGUGAAAUAUUUUCAAGGGACAUGACUUCGUUGAAUAUUUUGUAUUUAGACAAUAAUCAGUUCACGGGAACUCUGUCAAAUGUAAUCUCCGGAAGCUCUCAGUUGAGGGUGUUGGAUGUGAGCAACAACUACAUGUCAGGUGAAAUUCCAAGCGGGAUAGGUAACAUGACAUUAUUGAGAACAUUGGUCAUGGGCAACAAUAAUUUUAAAGGCAAAUUACCACCUGAGAUUUCUCAAUUGCAACAGAUGGAGUUUCUUGAUGUUUCUCAAAAUGCUCUUUUAGGAUCUCUUCCUUCUUUGAAGAGCAUGGAGUAUUUAGAGCAUCUACAUUUGCAAGGGAACAUGUUUACAGGAUUAAUACCCAGAGAUUUUCUCAAUUCCUCAUAUCUAUUGACUUUGGAUAUGCGAGAUAACAGGUUAUUUGGAAGUAUUCCCAAUUCAAUCUCUGCAUGUUUGGAGAUAAGGAUUCUUUUGCUAAGAGGAAACCUUUUCAGUGGUUUCAUUCCAAAUCAUCUUUGUCAUUUAACUAAAAUAAGCUUGAUGGAUCUUUCAAAUAACUCUUUUUCAGGGCCAAUUCCCAAAUGCUUUGGCGAUAUCCGAUUUGGGGAGAUGAAAAAGGAGAAUGACGUGUUUAGACAGUUCAUUGAUUUUGGGUAUGGAGGGGAUUCUCGUAAUUUAUAUGUUGGAUUCACGGUGAAAAAAUGGGAGGUUGGGAGUGAUGUAUAUGAUGAAAAAGAUGAAGUUGGGUUUGUCACCAAGAACAGGCAUGACUCCUACAGUGGUGACAUCCUUAAUUUCAUGUCUGGAUUGGACUUGUCAUGUAAUAACUUAACCGGUGAAAUCCCUCACAAACUUGGAAAGCUAAGUUGGAUUCAUGCAUUGAACUUGUCUCACAAUCAAUUGAAGGGCUCCAUUCCAAAGAGUUUCUCCAAUCUUUCUCAAAUAGAGAGCUUAGACCUUUCUUAUAAUAAAUUGAGUGGAGAAAUUCCUCUAGAGCUAGUUGAACUCAAUUUUCUAGAGGUGUUCAGUGUGGCUUACAACAACAUCUCUGGUAGAGUUCCAGGUACCAAAGCACAAUUUGGGACAUUUGAUGAAAGGAGCUAUGAAGGUAAUCCUUUUCUCUGUGGGACAUUGUUAAAGAGAAAAUGCAACACAAGUAUUGAGCCACCAUGCGCACCAUCACAAUCUUUUGAAAGUGAGGCAAAAUGGUAUGAUAUCAAUCAUGUUGUUUUCUUUGCAAGUUUUACUACUUCAUAUAUCAUGAUCUUGUUAGGAUUUGUUACCAUCCUUUACAUCAAUCCUUAUUGGCGUCAUAGAUGGUUCAAUUUUAUCGAGGAAUGUAUAUAUUCCUGUUAUUAUUUUGUUUUUGAUAGUCUUUCCAAGUUAUCAGCAUAUUUGUAUAAUUAGAUACUUUUAAUUGGAUGAUGUUUGCAUAAUUAACUACUAUUUGUUUCCACUAGAUAGAAAGA